AUGAGCGUGUGCCGGGGGCUAUGGAGAAUCAGGCCCAGCCAACGAAGGCUGCGACGACGACGGCGGGAUCGGAACUCGUCCAAGUUCCUCGACUCAUGGCAGCCACGACACCCAUCCACCGAAGUCACCUUACUCCGAUCGCCACAGCAUUUUCACAUGUUCAAUUUCUCUUUAGGGAAGAAGGGUGGAGACUGGCGGGCUGGCUUUCACCAACAAGCCGGAGGGGGGGGGAAGGGUAUCAUUACGAUUGGGCUCUUUUUUUCUUCUUCUUUCUUGUCUGCUUGGGCUCAAAAGGAUUUUACUCGUACACAAAAUUGCCGCUCUUGUAACGGCACUUUUCCCUCUCCGCGUCUCGAUGCUCUCAUUUGUUUUCCUUCUCCAUUUGCCCUCUCGGCCUCGGUCCGCAAAGGGGAGGGUGAAAGCCCGGUGUUUGGUAAUGAUGUUGAUCCGCCGCCAGCCCAUGUCUUCACCUUGUUUGUCAGACCAAAAAGAAAACGCCUAAGAGAUGAUGAACGCCGCUGCCAUGUCGUGGAAACACGGUGGACGCGACAGUAAAAAGAAAUUGAGAAAAAUAAAAUAAAAGGUUAAGAGCAAAAGGGUCGGUUUGUAAGACCCCUUGUAAACGACUUCUGGGUUGGCACAGCUUCCCUGUCUGUGACCCACGAUCUCGCCCCCCACUGCUGCUCAUCC